AUGGCACUCCCCAGAGUUCCCGCCGGCCUGCUGCGCAGCACCAUCCGUCCAGCGGCAUCGCGGGCCCUCUCGCCACGGGUCACGGCGACACAGCUCCGACACAAGAUCACCGCAAAGGACGGCGACCUCGGCGGCCCAGGCGGACAGCAGCCCCCGCCGCCCAACCCAGGCGGUCCCGAGGCCAUCAAGAGAAACUGGGUGCCCAUCGGAGGCGCGGCUCUCGCGGCCGUCGCCGCCUACGCAUACUUCACCUCGCCCGGGGCGUCGGUGGACAAGGCCCGGCAGACAGACGCCAGGAACCCGAGCCAGGCGGAGCUGGAGGACCUGGCGGCCGUCAGCAAAGACGCGGAGCAGCUCGGCAAGAAGGUUGGCCAGCAGGUUGCCGAGCAGGCCACCAAGACCAUGAAGGAGAUGAGCGGGCGGCAGAAGACGGAGCAGGGCAGUUUCCGACACGACUAA